CCUUCCCGACAUCGACCAAUGGCAGCGGCUCCUCACGCCCCAGGCCACGCCCUUCUGCUCUUAAAGAGCCCCCGCGUCUUCAAUGGAGACUCAGUCCCCUCACUGACUUAUUCAGCCUGAGUCGCUCUCACCAGAGCUGCUCUCCAUCCCGUCUUAUCUUUUAUUCUCUUUCUCGAUCCACCUCAAUCCUGGUUUUUACUCUUCUCCUUCUUCCUUUUCUCUCUUUGUCUUUACCUCAGGUUCCUUUUCCUCUCUGUGUCAUUACUGAAUCCACUCUGUUUCUCAGCGCGUCACGCCACGUCAGACUGGAGUUUUUUUGUUUGUUUGUUUAUUUUUAUUUUUUAUUUGUGUGUUAAUCAGGGGAGGGAGGGGAGACGACACUGAGGAGCACCUGACCAGCAUUUCAUCAAGAUAUGUGGAGACUUAGGAACUGAUCUCCUCCUCCUGCUCCCGUUUCUCCAGCUGUUUGUUUAUCUGCUUUUUUUCCCAACACCUGGAAUGGUUAACGUGGACUGAUGGAUGUUUCCGAACUGUGCAUCCCUGAUCCUCUCUGCUACCACAGCCAGUUGCUCACCAGAAUGCCCUCGGAGGACCGACACCUGUCCUCGAGCUGCGGUUCCUACGUCAAAACCGAGCCCUCCAGUCCGUCGUCCUCGCUCGUGGACACCGGCAGCCACCACAGCCCCAGCGGCAACUCGGACGCCAGCGGCGGCUACGUCAACGGCGGCGGGCGCUCGCACGCGCUGGACUCCCCGCCGAUGUUCAACCCGGGCAUGCUCGGGGGCGGCGCCGCCUGCCUGCGGCGCUACGAGGACUGCUCCGGCGGCAUGGCGGACGACUCGCCAAUCAAGUGCGAGUACAUGCUCAAUGCCAUUCCCAAGCGGCUGUGCCUGGUGUGUGGUGACAUUGCCUCGGGGUACCACUACGGGGUGGCCUCCUGCGAGGCCUGCAAGGCCUUUUUCAAAAGAACGAUACAAGGGAACAUCGAGUACAGCUGUCCGGCCACCAACGAAUGCGAGAUCACCAAGAGGAGACGCAAGUCGUGCCAGGCCUGUCGAUUCAUGAAAUGCCUUAAAGUCGGCAUGUUGAAGGAAGGUGUUCGUCUGGACCGGGUGAGAGGGGGCAGACAGAAGUACAAGCGGCGGUUGGACGCGGAGAACAGUGCCUACCUCGGCCUCACCAUCCCCCCGCCCGCCAAAAAGCCAUUGACAAAGAUCGUCUCCCAUCUGUUGGUGGUGGAGCCAGAGAAGAUCUACGCCAUGCCGGACCCCACCAUGCCCGACGGAGACAUCAAGGCCCUGACCACGCUGUGCGACCUGGCCGACCGCGAGCUGGUGGUCAUCAUCGGCUGGGCCAAACACAUCCCAGGUUUUUCCACCCUCUCGCUGGCCGACCAGAUGAGUCUGCUGCAGAGCGCCUGGAUGGAGAUCCUGGUGCUGAGCAUCGUGUUCCGCUCGCUGCCCUGCGAGGACGAGAUCGUGUACGCCGAGGACUACGUGGUGGACGAGGAGCAGGCGAGGGUCUCGGGCCUCCUGGACCUGCACGUCGCCAUCCUGCCGCUGGUCCGACGCUACAAGAAGCUGCGCAUGGAGAAGGAGGAGUUCGUCACGCUCAAAGCCAUUGCUCUCUCCAACUCAGACUCCAUGCACAUAGAGAACAUUGAGGCCGUCCAAAGGCUCCAGGACUCUCUCCACGAGGCCCUGCAGGACUUUGAGGGCUCCCAGCACCCCGAGGACCCCCGGCGGGCGGGCAAGCUGCUAAUGACCCUGCCUCUGCUCCGUCAGACCGCCACCAAGGCUGUCCAGCACUUCUACAGCAUCAAAAUGCAGGGCAAAGUCCCCAUGCACAAACUAUUCCUGGAGAUGUUGGAGGCCAAGGCUUGACAUCUGGGCCAGAUGUUUGACAGACAGCUGCAUCACCCAAUGCAUGGAGAGGGAGGAAAAAAAACCAAGGCGAUGUGCCAAGUGACAAUGAAAGGAUGAAGACUGGACUGCUACGUCCCAACACUUGUAAAUGGUAAUUAACAUAAAAGGGAACAGGACUUGAAACGGAUUUAAAGGGAUGAAUAUCAACCUGAAUCAUGUGGGAUCACGCUAAUGUAAAUAAAGAUGCUGUGUACAGAAAUCAGGCAACGGCGGUCUUGUUAUAACCAGAGGCCCGUUGCUCUAUAUCACCUAAAGCUUCUGUGAAUUUGUUUCUUAUUUUAUUUUCAUCUCACAAUGGAAGUGUGUUAGUCUAAAUGUCCUAACGAGCUGUACGGCUAUGUAGCCACAUUCUGUGUUCUUCUGUCUUCCAUUCAUUUUUUCUAAUCUCAGUUGUUGAAGCAAUAGUCUGUAACUGGUCUACAUAUAUUACGUGUACUGUAUAUUGUGUGAAAUUGCACUGGGCUGGGCGGGGAUCGUUAGACAUAUUCUUCUAUUUGUCAUCAGGGACAGCUGGACCCACUGCGGGCGCGGAAGCUUCCCCAUUUCCUCGUGAUAUAUUUACCUCGUGGUAGCCGUGGUCGACUUGGUGCUCACGGAAGGACGGCGGUUGGCCAGUCAUCCCAGUUCACAAAGAGUUUGCACUAAGCAUCCCUGUAGCGUGGCAAUAAGACGGGCUGGUGCUGGCGAGCUCCAUCUGGUAGCGCUGAGUUAUUGAUCGUACGACCCAAAACCCCCCCCUCACUCCACACGUCUCUGGCAACUCAGCAUACUGUGAACCAGACAGCUACAGGAUAUUGUUUUUAAUGUGUAUAACUCCACAGACAUGUAAAUACAGAUACUCUGUGCAGUCUAAUGCAAUCUAAUGAGGGGCUGAGGCUGUAGGAGAUUACAUUAUACUGUACAGCUUCACCUUCUCUUGUGUUGCUCAAGCAAGUGUCACUAUAUUGAUCAUAGCUCCAGAAUUAAUCCUAGUGUCCUCAGUUGUAUGUAGGAGUCUUCAUCAGGUUCACACUGAUGAUCAGUUGAAUAUACCGUCUCCUACUUUAUGCCAGUUGCCAAAAGUGAAGUUUUCCAGCUUCCACCUCAUCCGUGGAUGAACGCAGGGUAGCAGCCGGGGCUCGUCAGGCGGAGCCGGUGGUCCCCCUCCACCUCCAGCUCCUCCUCCUCAGAAUGACCCCACCGCCAAGUUGCUCCUUUGUGCCACUCCCUUGUAAAUAGCUUUGGGUGGAGCGUCCACCACGACUCAAUGUACAAAACCUGGGAAAGAAGUGUCAGCGCUGAAACCUGACGCGUGUUCAAUUCUCCCCCUGAUGCUCUGCGAUGCGGCAAGAUCUACCAAAACAAUGCACUAAGUUUCAGACGAGGAUGGGCUCCUUUUUUUUAACUGUUAAAUGAAUAUCAUGGGUUUAAUACUUAAUAUAUUGACACUUGUGUUUCUGAGGAUACUUUGAAUUACUGUACACUGAACUGCAGCAGCGUUGGUAGCUGGCCUUCAGCGAUGGUGCUCCUCAUUUGGCACCAUUUAGACACUUCUCCACACACAGGCUCUCUGACUUACUGAGGCGCACAGGUUCAAAUAAUCUCUCUAUAUAUUCCAGAAGUAAUAGUAGACUUUUAGAGCGCUACAUCUAUCUAUACGCCGGUUGCCAAAUUAUUCGGGGAGAGCAAUCAGAAUAAUGUGACACAGUUAUCAGCAUAUUUCUUCCUGCCCUGAUGACCUGAGCAGGUUGGAUAUAUAAUAUAUAUAUAUAUGACUAUAAGCUCUUAGGAUUUUAGCGAGACAAAGGACCCUUUAAAGCAGUUCUGUCCAUUAGUGCCAUUAGCUUCUGCCCAAACAGGACGAGCAUACGAAGCCAAGCGACCAGUAACUACCGAUGAUCCCCAAAGGAACAGAUGCUAUCGAUUCACCGUGAUGUAACGCAUAGAUAAUUAGAAACCCCAUACAGUAGAGAAUCCAAUUCCCACAAUGCACUUCUUCAAAUGUGUAACAGCCGAUCUGUCUGUUGAAGUCAGGGGUGUAUCACCUUGGUACAGUAGCAAACCAAAGCUUAUGGAACAUAUUCGCAGCAUAAUAUUAACAGUAAUGACUUCCAUUUAUUUUGUCUUCCAACGUACAACUGCUAAAUGUGACGACACCUUGUGAUGUGUUGAAGGCCAAAAGCUGCACCACGUGGCUCCUCUGUGCACUUUGAAGGCCGAUGGCGGCGGACUGUUCCUCCCGAACCGACGCAGGAAAAUAAUAAGGAAAACGCGAGAUUUAUUUUCAGUGUUCUAAAAGAGUUCCACCACGUCCAAUUAAUCCUAAUUGUCUCCGAAGCUGAAAUUCUCAACAGAAACGGAGCAAUUAAAUUCCUGCUUUGGUUCCACCUUGGGGACGAGCGACGUUUUAUUUCGGCUGACGGCGGGGAGCGUUCGUCUGAACCUCCACAAAGGCGAUUUCACGGGUGUCUGUAAUAGUUUCAUAACAGUGAUCACUGGGCUAUGCAAGGCAAAUAUGGCCACCUCUGUUCCCUGUGUUGUAGAGCAUCAGACUGACAUUUAGCUCUGCUUGGUUUACAGUGUGGACUUACUGUACAGUGCUGUACACUGCAAACGUGUUGUGCAUAUUUCACUAUACUGUAUCUGCUGUGCAUUGAAAUGACUAAUUUGGCCGUUUUCAUUUGUUGGAUUGUGUUGGAGCAACUUCAACACGAAUUCAGAGGCCGCCUGAUGGGGUGUUCUCUUAUUUGUGUUUUGUUUUCUGAGUCUCCGUGUCGUUCCGUCAUCAGCACAGCAGGUCGUGUAGUGAGUGAAAGCGUCUAGACCCGAUACCUCAAUUCAUAUUUUGAAAAUUACACUAGCUUUGGAAGCGGGCCAUGGAGCUCCUCCUGGGAAUCAGUGGCACAGAAAUAAAGUGACAUCACUGACUGGGUAUUAAAAAAAUGGAGAUGAACCUGCUGCAACUGGGGAGCACAUUCCUCCGAGGAGAAAGCUGCUUAUUCGCUGUUCCAUUUGCGGACUUCUCUUCUCUCCGUGCACUCUGCGAUGACGAGAUUUACAUAAAACAUGGAGGAACCUCCCUGGCCAUUGUGGUCCACCGUGUAUAAAGGACCCCUCUAAGUGUGUGCACCAUAGACGUGAUUACCCGAGAGACUUGCUCCCUUCAAAAGCAAUAUUGUAGCAGUUGUAAUGUAUGAAUCAAGGGGAGUUUGGGUUUAUUUUAAUUAUGGAGUAACUGUGCGCACUCAGUCCUGAGAAAGCAAAAAGCCAACCACAGCUGGGUGUUCGUGAACAGUACUACGUGGCAUCUCCUUGUGUUCUGUUUGUUGUGUUCAUGCCGACUGUACCCAUAAAUGUAAAUAGGUGCUUUUUUUGGAGUGAAACAGAUCUAACGCUGCACUGAAUGUACAGUGACAAUAAAAUCACAUGGUUUAUGUAA